AUCUCAGCAAAAGUGUUUUGUUAUUAUUCUUUAUUUUGAAAUUCAAAAAUAAUUCACAAGUGUGUUGAUUCUUAAGUGCUGCACACACAUUAAAAGAUUCUUAAUCCUUUUCCCAAAUCGAGAGAUUUAGUAAUAAUGCUAGAACAAAAAUUACUUCUUUUAAAGAAAAGAAAUAAUUAAGUACUUUCUACACAGUGGCUGGUUUGAUUGUCAAUUAUAUCAUAUAAAUCAUGUACAUUUCGAGGGUAGGAUAUCCUGCAGACGAUGCAGAAGGAACUUCUGGAAGCUCGUCACGCUUUAUACAGCACGGAGUUAGAGUUGGAGAAAGAGCGCGGUGUCUCGCACGAAUUAAGGAUGCGUCUAAGAGCGGUCACGGAGGUGGUGAAUGAGUCGCAGCAGCAGCAAACGAAAAAUCAGGUCGAGAACGUUCAGCUGCGAGUCAAAUACGAGGCGAUGGCGAAGCAACACGAGUCCCUGAUGAGUCAAGCCGCGGCCGCGAAGGUGCACGAGGCCGAGUGUACAAUCAAAAUUCGGCGCUUAGAGGAGAACCUGCGUCAGAGGGACACGAGUAACAAGAGAAUGGAACAAGCGUUAAAGAAUCUCGAACGUGACGGUUCGCGCGUUAUUACCGCUAUCGAUCAUAAAAUCGCGAAACUUCAAGAGGAGCAUCAACACCUCCAGAAAUCCUGCGAAGAGAUUAUUACCUUCAAUCAACGCUUACAAACCGUCGGUCUGUGCACGCACGCGAUACAUCAAAAGAAUAAAGCGAAAAUCAAAGAUUUGGAACAUAAACUAGCUUCAAUGACAAUCAACAACGCAGGCCCUACGGAAGAAUCCGUAAAUUAUGACACACAUCCGAAGAUAGGAAAAUUAUCUUUGCCAUCCACAUCAAAAACAACAGGAUAGGAUUUUAUCAAUAAAUAUACUGACACGUGUUAUGUACAGGAUUAAUAAAAAAUGUAUUAUAAUAAUCGUUUGUAUAUUUAAGUAUAAGUUGAACAAGUUUUGAUGGUAAAAAUGCAAACUUGCAAGAUGCACAUCAUGACAACCAGCGAACGAAAUAGAUUUGUUUAUUCUUUUUUUUUUUCUUUUACUGCAGAUCCCUGUAAAUGAUCCCUAUUUCUAUAUGCAAAGUAAA